AUGACUGAAGAAGACAAGAGACUGGAUGCAUGCGAUUCCAAAUCUCAUCGGUUACCUAGUCCCUCGCUCUGUCGAAUGAUGAAAACACGAGCUGGAAUGCCCACAUACGGCACCCGCGGCCCCCCUCGGUGCACCGAAGGACAAGCUGGAAGCACCCACGACACCCCUACGAACCUCUCUGGCACCCCCGGGUGCCGCAGCACACAGGUUAAGAACCGCUGCACCACUCCAUCCCACCCCAGGGGGAUGAAUAGAUGGAAUCGGGGAUUACGGCACUCGCGAGACCUCUUCGGCCCCGAACGAGGUGGAUCCCAGUCUCAGUCGGACUCGGACCAUGGCAGCGUGCAUCUGAUCCGUUCCCCGGACCCACCCUCUCCAGAGAUCGCGAAAGCCCUCGAGUCCCAGGAUUACGAUCUUUCACAUUCCUGUGUUAUUCUUCCGACGCCCUCAGGGAUGGCGAUAUGGUGGUUGGUCGUGGGGAUGGCACUGGCCUCAAGAGAAGGGAACGAGGUCGAGGGAGCCAGCGAGCACUGCAAGCUUCGUCCUGUGGUCCACGUCUUGGAAUACAAGGGAUGCCUCAAGAAACUCAUCCCUUCCUUCAUGUGCCAGGGCUCGUGCACGUCCUAUGUCCAGGUCCGCUGCUCUCCGGUAUCGGGCUCGAAGUUGUGGCAGACGGAGAGAUCGUGCAUGUGUUGCCAGGAGAGCGGGGAGAGGGAGGCCACCGUCACCCUCUUCUGCCCCAAAUCCCGACCCUUGGAACCCCGCAUGAGACAAGUGCUGACCCGGGCCCCGAAGGACUGCAUCUGCAGGGCAUGCACGGCCGUGGAGGAGACUGCCGUCCAGGCUCAGGAAGUGGUCAACUUCGUCUCCGAUCCGGGACUUCAAGGCUUCACCGCUUGACCGACCGUCGUUGAUCGUAUUCCUAUCUAUUCCAUUUGUGUCAUCCAUAUCGGUGUUUCGGUGUCGUGUCGGAGCGCGAGAUUCCAGGGCUCGAGAAGGAAUAAAACCUGUGGUUUCAUGCAG